AUGGUCACAAUGGUCCUUCUCAAGCUCUCCGGGUUGACCACUGAGCACCAUGAUAUGAGACGCGUGACCAGUCUGGGACCUUGCAAUGGUCGCAGGCAGUUCGAGCAUUUACAGGAGGCCGCACUGCGGGAGGCCAUUUGGAAAUUGGGAGGUUCGACCCGGCGUUUGGAAGCUGCUUUUGGUGGAGGGCGCCGCGGUUUAUUGACAUUUGAAGACUUCACGAAAGGCCUGCGGGCGAUUGGUCUUUGGCUGGAGGACUUGCAAGGAUGUGGUUUCAAGGAUGAAGCAGCAGCCUUUCGACAACUGGACUGCUCUGGGUGUCCGACUUAA